AGUGGCCUUAUGAGCUGAGAACUCUCCAAAAGAUGUCCACUACAUAUGAUGGCCCAUUCCUUCAGUGGCAUGACUAGGGAGGGAGAACUCUAGGUGCUAAAACAAAACUUGCGAUUAGAACAGAAGCAGGCAGCCCAUAAAGCUCACAAGCAUCUACUGCCAAAAGUCAACCCUCCAAUCACUUUCUUCCCUCCCCCUCGCUACCCGCUGCUCUGUUAGGACAGUGUGUGGUUGGCCCCACCCAUCAGUCUAAGAAACUGACUGAGCUCUCGGGAGCUUCCUCAAAUCAUAUCAUCAUAACCAUACCUUGUGCUUUUAUUUAAUUAUGCCUGAUGGAAAACUCGAGUAAGAGGAAGUUGGAAGGGGAAUGCCGCCUCUGUGACAUAGAACUUAAAGUACAACUGAGCAAUUUGACAGCAUUUCAAGCUACCCAAACGAGACCAUCUCAGAAGAGGGUCCUCCUACUUUAAUUUUCAACACAAGAGAAAAAGAGAAAUUGUUCUUCAGCGGUGUCUGAAUAAAUCCACAAUCUUUUAUAUUCAGGAUUUUAAAGACCUGGGUACAUCAUCAGCCUCUCCUCAGUGUGUUUUGCAAUUGAGUCCUCUGUGUGAGGCAACUGAAUUUCUUCUGCACAAGCCUGGGACUCGCUUGGAAGGUGCCCAGUUCUCACUUGGUGCAAAAUUGUUUGCUUUCGUUUUUUCAUUGUAAGGAGCAGAAGCCAUGGGUCAAACAAAGUGGAGAACACUACCCUCCAGGUGCUCGUACCUCAAGCUCUUCCAGUCUUUGGUGCUGGCUGGUCAUUUUUACUUCUCCCCUUCUUCUAAUGGGACUAGUGGACCUUCUUCCUCACUGUCUGUCGAGAGAUAAAUGGGCAUCAUCCAGGUGACCAAGCCGGUGAAUGACAGGGCAGUACUAUCCUGUGAUUACAACAUUUCCACUGAUGAACUGACAAAAGUUCGCAUCUACUGGCAAAAAAAUAAUAGUGAUAUGGUGCUGAGUGUCGUUUCUGGAAAAAUGGAAGUGUGGCCCAAGUAUAAGAACCGCACCGUAGCCAACAUCAUCAGUAACCCUUUCAUUGUGAUCCUGGGUCUGCGCCCAUCCGACAAGGGCAUAUAUAGCUGCGUCAUUCAGAAGCCUGAAAAGGGAGCUUACAAGUUGGGACACUUGACUUCGGUGAUGUUAUCAGUCACAGCUGACUUUCCUGUCCCAAGUAUAACUGAGCUUGGAAACCCAGCUACAAACAUCAAAAGAAUAAUUUGUUCAACCUCCGGAGGUUUUCCAAAGCCUCACCUCUCCUGGUUGGAAAAGGGAAAAGAAUUAAAUGCCAUCCACACAACAGUUUCCCAAGACCCUCAAACUGAGCUCUACACUAUUAGCAGUGAACUGGACUUCAAUGUGACCAACAACCACACCUUCAUAUGUCUUGUCAAGUAUGGAAACUUAACAGUAUCACAGAUCUUCAACUGGCAAAAAUCUGAGCCAAAAACCUCUCCUUUUAGUCAGUCCUGGCUCUGGAUCUUAAUCAUAGUGGUUGGGAUUUCCGCGAUCGUUGUUAUUGCAGUAUUUUGUUAUUGCUGCCUGUGCAACAGACCUGCUGCAAGAUGGAGAGAGAGAAGGAAGAGUGGGGAGAGUAUGGAAAUGAAAACAAUCUCCCCUAUCAUCUCAGGAUCUGCAGAAGCAUCAGGCUGAACAGAACAUCUAAAGGUUGGUGUGGCUCAGUGGUUGAGCAUCAACCUAUGAACCAGGAGGUCACGGUUUGAUUCCCAGUCUGGGCAGAAGCCUGGAUUGUGGGCUCAGUCCCCAGUAGGGGGCGUGCAGAAGACAGCUGAUCAAGGAUUCUCCUUCAUCAUUGAAAACAUACCAACAUUUGCAUCAUGGGGGUGCUGGAAGAAGAGAAGGAGCAAGAAAUUGAAAACCUACUUGAAAAAAUAAUGACAGAAAACUUCCUUAAUUUUGUGAAGGAAGUACAUGUAUACGUCCAGGAAACACAUAGAGUCCUUAACAAGAUGAAUCCAAAGAGGCCCACACCAAGACAUAUCAUAAUUAAAAUGCUAAAGGUUAAAGACAAAGAGAGAAUCUUAACCAGUUAACUGCCAUGCAUCCAAAAUAGAAACUAUCCCCACACGCCACAAUAUUUUGAAUUUAAUUUUAAAAAAUCAUCUGAUUCUGGAGUUGAAUAAAGGAUAUCAUCUUACUCUUGCAAGGUGCUUGGUUCGAUUAUUUCUUCAUCUGAUGCCAUUUAUGGGGGCUUAAUUUUAUUUGCACAAUAUAUUACAACUAUAAAUUCAAUAAUAAAAUAAUAAUUUUCAAUUCUACGGAAAUAUCAACAAAAGCGAGUACGAAAUAAAAAUAAACCGUCGACACAAAAAGCCUCAAAAACACUAAAUUCUGUUGAUGCGCCAAAGAUGAUAUCUGUAAAAAAAUAAUAAAGAACGCACACCAUGUUUACCAUUUUAGGUGUGAAAUUCAUGAUAACACAAACAAAUCUCAAGUGUCACAAUGAACCAAAAAAAAUCUCAAGUGUCGCAGUGUUUAUCUCUCACGAGUCUGAGUGGCAGCCCUAUACUAGUAUAUCAAUAUUGGAAUUUCUUCCCUAUGUACUAGAAUAUUUACAUAUUUAAGUUACCAUAAUUUUCUUUACAAACCCAGAGAUGUCACUAACAAGUCUGAUUUUUAAAAUUGGGCGACCAGAGUUGAUAUGUGAGAUUUGCAGCUAUAGACACGUGUGGCGUGUGGGGAAAGUCCACCGCUUGCGUCUAUAGACACUUAUGGCUACAAAGGGUUAAAAGCAGCCAGAGGAAGACAGUUGGUUCCCUAUAAGGGAACUCUCUAAGACUGUUAGCUGAUUUCUCAACAGAAACUUUGCAGGCCAGAAGGGAUUGGCAAGAAAUACUUAAAGUGAUGAAAAGCAAGGACCUACAAGCAAGAUUACUCUAUCCAGCCAAACUAUCAUUUAGAAUGAAAGGACAGAUAAAGAGCUUUCCAGACAAGAAAAAGCUAAAGAAGUUCAUCACCACCAAACCAGUAUUAUAUGAAAUAUUAAAGGGUCUUCUUUAAGAAGAAAAAGAAAAGAUUAAAAAAAAACAUGAAUAAAAUGGCAAUAAAUACAUAUCUAUCAACAACUAAAUCUAAACAAACAAACAAAUGAACAAGAACAGAAACGGAAUUAUGGAUACAGAGAACAUGUUGACAGUUGCCAGAUGGGAGAAGAGGAAGGAGGAUGGGUGGAAAAGGUGAAGGGACUGGGAAGAACAAAUUGGUUGUUACAGAAUAGUCAUGGAGAUGUAAAGUACAGCACAGAGAAUAUAGUAAAAAAUAUUCUAAUAACUAUGUAUAGUGUCAAAUGGAUAUAUUUAUUGAGAUCACUUAGUAAGUUAUGUAAUGUCCAAUUACUGGGAUGUACAUCUGAAACUAAUAUAAUGUAUGCCAACUGUAAUUGAAAAAUAAAAUAAUACAGUAUAUAGAUGACGUACUAUAGAAUGCACACCUUAAACCUACAUAAUUUUAUUAACCGAUGUAACCCCAAUAAAGUCUACUUAUUUUUUAG